UGGUCAACCUUUCCCUUUCUUCCAGAUCGAGGAGACUCCUCUCGCACGCUUCCCCGUCUGUCGUCGUCUUCUCCUUCCCAUUUCCAUCAACUUUCUUCCCAAUUUCUUCGGAGAAACCCACAUCAUCGAGAGAAGGAGAGUGGCAAAUGAGAAAAUAAAUCGCAGCGACGUAUCAGAUCCAUCAGCUAGUCGAUCCCGAUACUUACUUUUCUUUUUUCCAAAUUUUCGGUUUCCAUUUUUUUUUCGCUGCAGUAUUUUUCCCUUUUUCUGGAUUUGCUCUUUUUUGGGGAGUGGUGAGAAUGAAAGAGGGCAAAUCCGCAAAGGCUCAGCGGCGACAUCAGAAUCAGAACGGGCACGUCUCUCCUUUCAAGUUCGCGAAAUUAUUAGAUCCGGAAGCUUCGUGGGAUAAGGAUCAGUUAGGGGAUGCACUGCACUGGAUACGCCAAAUUGUUGCCAUCAUAUGUGGAUUACUAUGGGGGGCAAUUCCUGUGGUUGGAGCUAUAUGGAUUGUCUUAUUCCUGCUAAUAUCUUCUGCGAUCAUAUAUGGAUACUAUGCACUUAUUCUAAAGGUUGACGAAGAGGAAUUUGGGGGUCAUGGAGCACUCCUUCAAGAAGGCCUAUUUGCUUCCAUAACUCUUUUUUUGCUGGUUUGGAUUCUGGUGUACAGCCUAGCGCACUUCUAAGGUUGCUAUUCUGAUGUAUUUAAUCUGAAAAGCAUGAUACCAUCAGUCAGUUUGUGGCUAGAGUGGCUCCAGCAGAUAUUGGCGAAGUUUUGUUCUAUUCAAGAUGGCACUAAUCCUGUUGGUUUCCAGCAUGUCCACUGCAGAAAGGCAGACCAUAACUUUGUGCAAGACUGAACCCCAUAGACCAUGGAAAGCUAAAUUGGUGAAUAACUAGAGUGGUUCUCAUUGUAGUGUUCUCUGAUGUCAACUGAAAUUUUGGGCCUGUUCAACGUAUUAGAAAUCUUUUUGUUGCCAGAAA